AGUGUUAAGAAAGCUCACUGUACAUGACCAUGUCUGACAUCAAAGUUGCCUUUCAAAAUCUCAGCUAUAAAUACCCAUUAUCUCCAGCAACUAGAAGUAAAAAUUUCAAGUCUAUUGGGAACUCGAUGGCAUUAAUGGAAAGGUCAGGCGAUCGGUCUGUCGACUGUUCGGUUCACAUUGAGUCGGCGGAGGAGGAAGGGGUUUGUGUGACAUGGGAGGAUCUAUCGGUGACCGCAUUCGACGGCAACAGAUCGUCCCGUAAGAUCCUGUCAGGCUUGACAGGGUUUGCUCGGCCCGGUCAGGUUUUGGCUAUCAUGGGUCCGUCCGGCUGUGGCAAGUCAACACUUCUUGAUGCUCUCGCUGGGAGGCUAGGAUCAAACGCAAAGCAAUCUGGAAAUAUUUUAGUGAAUGGUCGUAAGCAAACUCUAUCCUUCGGAACAUCAGCUUAUGUCACUCAAAAUGAUAUCCUAAUGACAACAUUGACGGUUAAAGAAGCUGUAUACUACUCUGCGGAACUCCAACUCCCUAAUUCUAUGUCAAAGUCCGAGAAAAGACAAAGAGCAGAGGUAACUAUAAAGGAAAUGGGAUUGCAAGAUGCAGUGAAUACAAGCAUUGGAGGGGUACAUUCAAAAGGAAUCAGUGGUGGCCAAAGGAGAAGAGUUAGCAUUUGCAUUGAAAUCUUGACUCGUCCGAAGCUUCUAUUUUUGGAUGAGCCAACUAGUGGCCUAGAUAGCGCUGCAUCAUUUCAUGUAAUGAAUAGGAUUGCCAACUUAGCGAAGUUUGAUGAUAUGAACACUAUUGCAUCAAUUCAUCAGCCUAGCAGUGAAGUUUUUGAGCUGUUUGAUAACUUGUGCCUUUUAUCUUCCGGCAUAACUGUUUAUUUUGGACCUAGAACUAUGGCCAAUGAGGUAAGUCUAGUUCCGUUUGAGUUUAUUACGUUUCAUUGUGAUUCACAAUCUACAAUCUUCUCACGGAUACAAUCAUCAAAUUUUAUCAGGAAUGAAAUACAGCUUUCAAAUGUUGUACAUGUGCUACAUAAUACAGGAAAAGAGAACUCUCAAAUUAUGGAUUGUACUUCAAUAUAUAUUCUUUUUACCACAAGAUCAUACAGAUUGUCAAAUACUUGGCAAGAAGUAACACUGCAAGUAGCUCAGAUCAUCAAAACGGAAGGAGACCUUGUAAAAAAAGGGAAUCAAGCUAGUUUCAUUUCUCAAUGUACCGUCCUCACAAAGAGAUCAUUUGUCAAUAUGUACAGAGAUCUUGGCUACUACUGGCUGCGCCUUGCAAUUUAUGCUGCGUUGUGUCUGAGCAUUGGUACAAUGUUCCAUAACAUUGGACAUGAUUAUGGCUCAAUUCAGGCCAGAGGAUCGGCUCUCAUGUUUGUAGCUGGAUUCUUGACUUUUAUGGGAAUUAGCGGAUUUCCUUCAUUUGUGGAAGAGAUGAAGAUAUUUCACCAAGAAAGACUAAAUGGGCACUACGGAGUAACUGCAUUCGUCAUCAGCAGCACACUCUCUUCCGCUCCUUACCUCUUCCUUGUCUCUGUAGUCCCUGCAUCCUUGGCCUACUAUCUUAUCGGUCUCCAACCAGGCUUUGAUCACUUUGCCUGCUUCUGUCUAAUUCUAUACAUGUGCAUGUUAUUAGUCGAGGGUCUAAUGAUGGUCAUCGCAAGUAUCGUGCCUAAUUAUCUCAUGGGGAUAAUCGCUGGCUCAGGUGUCCAGGGUCUUAUGAUGCUUUGUGGAGGAUUUUUCAGGCUACGUAAUGAUAUACCAAAGCCUAUAUGGAGAUAUCCAAUGUACUAUAUGUCAUUUCAUAAGUAUGCAAAUCAAGGGUAUUAUAAGAACGAGUUUAUUGGGCUAAGUUUUGAAAAGAAAGAGGGUGAAGACGUGCAUAAUAUUGUAACUGGGGAAGAAAUUGUCAGGGAUCUUUGGGAGAUGGAGGUUGGUUACUCUAAGUGGGUUGAUCUUGGGAUUUUGAUGGGGAUGGUGAUUUUGUACAGGGUGUUGUUUUUGGUUAUUGUGAAGGUAAGUGAGAAGAUGAAACCCGCGUUGAGGUAGGUAAAAUUUGUCUGUGUAAAAUAAACAAGGGGCUGUUUGGCCACUGGAUUUGUAUUUUGAAUUUAUGACAAUGUAAGAGCAUCUCCAACAGCUUUCCCAUUUCCCAUUUUUAGAGAAUAUAGUUAGGUUUUUGGUC